ACCCCCGAUAUUGCUGAACUCUCAGUAUCCCUUGCCAUUGGAAGUGCUUCCUGAUGGGGCUGGGAAUCGUAGAGCAGAUGUUGCCUACCUUUGUCCUGAGGCCAGGUAUCCUGUCCCUUCUGGUAGAAGACCUGGCUUCUGAGAUUGGAACAAUGCUGGAUUGAUCAUCCCCAAAUAUUCACAAGCUUUGCCAGAGGCAGGUUCUGAUGCUAUAAUCCAUAUUUCACUCUGCUGAAGAGAGUUUUGAAACCUUGAUGUAUAAAUUCCAGGUUGCAUCAAUAAAGGGAAUUUCAUAUCAGAAGAUAUUUAACAGCCAAUACUUAUCUUGGAACUGGAGAUGAAAAGACACAUCUAUUAAGGAUUCUUUGGAAGCACUGCAAUUUCAGACAACAAGGCUGCUACAGUGUAUCUCUUGGUCUUUCUGUUGUUGUCAAGAUUAUUUCACAGCCAACUUAAUAGCAAGUUAUUUAUUGGCCCAGUCUAACUCCUCUGAAAGAUUGAACUGACAGUUAAGUGCAUCUCAGCAGCUUCUUGAAAGCUGUUUUGAUUGCAGGUCACUGGCUUGGAAAGAUUAAGACAAUGGCUACUACAAUGGAGAUUGGAUUGAACUUUGACAAGGAGAGCCAAUCAGAACCAACUUCCAAAGAGGCCGAUCAUUCUACGUACUCAACUGAGCUAUCCAGUUUAGUGCAUUGUGGGAACACUGAAGAAUUGCUCCAUCAGGUGACACCACAAGAAGAUCCUCCCAAAGCAUCUCAGUGCUGGGAAGAAGCCUGGCAACAGGUACUGGAGUCAGUGAGCAGCCAGUCAUGGCCAGAUUCCAGGAACCACAAAAAGCUACGACCUAAUGAAACUGAUAGUCCUUUGGAACACUCAGAGCCAGCAAGUUCAUCUGAAGAGGUUGUGGCAAGUGUGGAUACUGCUCUUCAGGUUGUACCGCCCUUGUCCCUUCCACUGAAAAACACAUGGAUGCUUCAACUGCACCUAGAGGAUGACAUUGAAGAUUACCUGGAGGGAUUUGAGUCAGCGGCCCGCACCAACCGCUGGCCCAGAGAAGAGUGGGUUGCCAGACUGAAGCCGUAUCUGAGCCGCAAAGCUCUUCUAGCCUGCAGCAUCUUGGAACCCAGCCUUGCUAAUGACUAUGAUGUGGUAAAGGAGCGCAUCCUGCACCAAUAUGGCAUCACUACAGAGAUGCAACACCAGUGCUUCAGGCAGUUCCGAUACCAGGAAGCCAAGGGCCCCCGAGAAACCUGCCAAAUUCUCCAGGCCCUUGGACAGCGCUGGCUGAAGCCAGAAAGGCACACCAAAAAACAGAUUUUGGAGUUGUUGAUUCUGGAGCAGUUUCUAGCCAUCCUGCCCCAGGAAAUGCAAGACUGGGUCCGGGGAUGCUGCCCAGAGACUUGUGCCCAGGCUGUGGAUCUUGCUGAAGGUUUCCAGCUGGGAGAUGAGCCACCAGUGCCAUUCAAAGACAUUGAUGUGACGUUCUCCAGUGAAGAGUGGGCCUUGCUAACUGAGGAGCAACGAGCUUUAUAUCAUGACGUCACGCUGGAGAACUUUCAGAAUAUGUCCACCUUGGGUAUUCCACUGGAGAAACCAGAGAUAAUCACCCGGAUACAGCAAGGGGGAGGACUGUGCUUUCAGGACAAUGCCAUCAGAGGACAUUCUCCAAAAGAUCGAUUCAUAGGAAACCCACGGUCUCCAGCUGUUACCCAGGGGAUGGAAAAACGUUCCUCUUUAAAAAGAGCCACAAAGACAGCUAAGGUACAAGCCACAGCCAUGGAGGCACCUCAGGAUGGUUUGGGUCUAGCGGGAGCACUGGGCAAGGAGUCACCUCCUAAAUCUCUCAAAGAGGGCCCUGCAUCAGUGCCCCCCACUAGUACCCACCCCCUAAAAAAGCCAGUGACUGUCCCAAAGGAUAAAUCUUCCAAAAGAAGGAAGCAUCAGCCACACACUACGGGAGAGCUGGCUUCCACAGAAGUUGGGCCUCAACUGCCACUGCUGGGGGAAACAUCUGGAGGACAGGAAUCAGGUAGCCAAAUUUUGACUGCCAAGGCCUGCAAACAAAAGAGGAACCUGGUGCCUCAAGAUGCUAGGCCAUCAAAGCUGAAGAAGCAAACUGCAUCAGUAGGGGAGCACCCCAAACGGAAGAAGAAAUCUGAGGUUCUGAGCAAACCACCCAUGCUGAAGAAGGAAGCCCUGUUGUGCGAAAAGACUGCCCAGGAGAAAGAGCACCAGCUGGCAUUUCUGGAAGUAAAGCUCCAUGAAGCCCCUCUCCCGGUCAUCACGUGGCAUCCUCCAUUCAGUGCCACCGUGGUCUCAGACCUCACAUGCCUGGAUUGCGGGCGGUCCUUCAAGCAGAGGGCUGACCUGCGCCUACACCGGUAUGUCCAUACCCGGGAAAAGCCAUACGCCUGCACGCUGUGUGAAAAGCGUUUCAGGCAUCCAAGCAACUUGCAUAUCCAUUUGCGGACGCAUAGUGGGGAACGGCCCUACCAGUGUCCCGAGUGCGGGAAGGCUUUUUCCCAAAGCUGCAACCUUCGGACUCACCGCAAGAUCCACACCGGUACCAAGCCAUACAAGUGCUGUGUCUGUGGAAAGUCUUUCUGCCACAGCUCCAAUCUCACCAUCCAUCAGCGAGUCCACACGGGAGAACGCCCUUACCCCUGCUCUGCCUGCUCCAAGCGUUUUGGCGACAGGUCCUCCCUGGUGCAGCACGAGCGGACGCACACGGGUGAGAGGCCCUACGCUUGUGCUGUCUGUGGACAGAGGUUCAGCCAGGUCUCUCACCUCGUGAAGCAUGGCCGCAUGCAUCCAGGUGCCGGGGACCCAGCACAGCCCACCGAAGGCCCGUCUCCCAACCCUUCACAGAGCGUCUUUGUGCCACCCAGCGAAAAGGAAUCUUUCCGAAUGAUGGUACCCACGCAGGAUGAGAGUCUUGCCUGGAUUUCAAAAACGUGGGUUCCUUCUUCCAAGGCGAACGGUCAGCAGAAUUGCACCACCGCAUAGAGGUGGCUGGGCCCGCUGGAAAGCAAAAAGGGGAAACUGAGGCUUGCGAUAGGGAAAAGAAAUGGCUGGCAGAGAAGCAGUAACAGAAAACCUAGGAAGUGAUGAGAGAACGACUAAGGCUGCAAUGCCCAUUAUGCGCCGCUCUCUUGCUAUCAAUCCACCACUAGACUUUUUUAUAACAUGCAGAGGAACAUGCUGGAAAUAAUACUCCAGCUGCCCCAUGGGUGUGCUGAGGAGUCUAUAAGAAAAAUCCAAAUAUUUUGCAAAUUUCUCCUUUCCUAGCAUUUUUUCCUUUUUAAAUAUUUGUUUUCUCAUUCCUCAAUGCUUGGCCAGCCUUUUGUGCUGCCAUCAUCUCCCGCAACUAACAACGCAUAUGGAAAACUGACAAUGGGUAGAAAAUCCAAGGCAUCAUUGCUGCUUCCUCAGUCGUCAUCACAGAAAGGGCAGGAAGAAGCCUACGGGGCUCUUGUAAGCUUUAAGGGAGGUGUAUUGUGCCUGCAAACAGCAGGCCUGCAACUAGGGUCCGUGUCACCC